AUGCAAGAAGAGGAAACAUAUAGAGUACUUGGAACCUUGAGGUAUGAUCCGCAACUGACUACAAUAAGUCAGAUCAAGGAAGGCGAAAAAACCUUUAUAUCAGUUAAAUCAAACUGGGGCUCAUAUCACUUAUCACAGGAUGAUGAAGGCUAUAAGUUUCCUGAAUCGUUUGAGCUGAACGACGUGAGAACAAGGACAGAAAUUGGUGAUAAUUUGGAGACAAAAAACUUUAAAGGUGACACAUAUGCUAUAGUUGAAAGCAAUAGCUAUAGUGGUAUUGAAUAUGAUGAUAUAGAUCGAAUAAAAGCUAUUAUAUUUGAGAGAUUUUUGUUUUAUGAACAACAAAUCAAUAGAAUGCUCUUCACUGCAGAAGCUUUAGGAAUUCGUUCUCUUCCUGAUAAGCAAAAGAUUCGAACACUACUAUUACAAUGCAUUGUAGGUAAAAGAGAUUUUGCUUGGAAUAGUAGAAAUAACUUACUGGCUGUUCUUAAGAGAACUAAACCUACCUAUAAAAUAAGAAUACUACUUGAUAAAAAAGGUUCCAUAAAUGUCCAAAGGACUGAGAUACCUACAUUACCUUAUUCUAUCAAUUAUUUCUAUAAGAAUAUACUGGGUGGACUGCUGGAAUCAACCGAACCUACUUGGGACAUAUUCCUCGAUGAUUACCCCAUAAUAUCAUCCCGUUUUACUACCUUUAAGACAACAAACCGGGAGCACUAUGAUUUUGCAAGACGUGUGCUACAUCAGAAAGUUUCCAGCUAUCGUAAUAAUGAUUCUAUACUAAGAAGUGAAAUAUUAUUAUUUAACAAAGAUAAAAUUAUUACUGAGGGUAGUAUCACAAAUAUUGCGUUGAAAAUUACUGAUAAAAACGGAACAAGAUAUAUUACUCCUUUUUUAACCUCUGGAUGUUUAUGUGGUAUUAUGAGAUAUUACUUGUUGAAAAAGGGCUAUAUAGAAGAAGGUGUUAUUUUAAAAAGUGACAUAAAAAUUGGAGAUACAAUUUUGUUGUUUAAUGGUGUGAUGGGAUGCGUAAAAGGUAUCGUGAGAGGAUGA